CAUGGAGCAUGCGCACCGCGCUGUUUUCGGAGCGGAAGGAAGAAGUGUACCGUGAGCUGAGCGGUGUGGGGCCCGUUGAGUCCAAUGUCGGGUCCCUUUGAGGAGCGGAGCGGGGCGGUGCCCUGCGCGACUCCAUGGGGCUGCUGGUACCAGACGCUGGAGGAGGUGUUCAUCGAGGUGCAGGUCCCGCCGGGCACCCGGGGGAAGGACAUCCAGUGCGACCUGCAGAGCCGGCACCUGGCGCUGGCCGUGCGCGGCCAGGAGGUGCUCAAGGGUAAACUCUUUGACUGUACAAUAGCUGAUGAAGGGACAUGGACGUUAGAAGACAGAAAAUUGAUACGUAUUAUUCUAAUGAAGACAAAUAGAGAUGCUGGAAAUUGUUGGACCUCUCUGUUAGAAAAUGAGUAUGCCGCUGAUCCUUGGGUACAGGACCAGAUGCAGAGGAAACUUACACUGGAGAGAUUCCAAAGAGAGAAUCCUGGCUUUGACUUCAGUGGGGCAGAAAUUUCUGGGAACUACAGCAAAGGGGGACCCGACUUUUCCAAACUUGAAAAAUAAACUUUUCAGCUGUGUUCCAAAGAACCAGAGAAAAAUUCUGUGUUAAACUGAAGGAGUGGAAUAUGUCGUUGCUAAAGACUUCACCUGUCUACAGAAUGAGUAUCGAAUACUGUCUCUGUGGAUAGUUUACAGAGGAUUCUUUUCAGUAGGAUCAAGGCAAACAGCAAAGCUAGAGGCUCAUUUUUAAUUGUGUGCUAACUUUGAUAUUAAUGAAAAAUAUGCACACAUGAUAUAUGUACUUUAAAGGUGUCGACUGUUUUAAAGCAGUAUGGAUUUGUGGAAAUAUUCCACUGUGACGUGAAAGAGGCACAGUUAUAGAAUGCUAUAUAAAUGUCAGGCACUCAUCAUCUUGUGGAGAAUUAAUCCUACAGGCAAGCCACUUACCAUUAUCCUUAAAUUUGAAAGACCUGUAUUUUUCUAAAUUUUAAAAAUGUACUUUUGUAGCUCUCAUUUGGUUAGCAGCCCUCUGAUGUGUGUUAGUAAAUUCAUUCUUAAAACCCCAGUGGUGGAAACAGGAAUAUUACUCUUAGAUACAUAAAAUAAGUUUUGACAUUUUAGUGUUGUGCCAAAUGUUGCUGAAGGACAGACAGCAUGGUAGCAGAAAGUCAAAAGGUUUAGGCUGAAGCCUGGGUUUCAGUACUCGUAGGUCUACUUACAGUAUAAUAACUUCAUAUUCUUUGUGGGAGAAGAGGUUUUGGUUUCUGAAAGGGUGCCUGUAGGAUGUUGUGUACUUAGAACUUAAAACUUUUCUUUUAGAAUUUAAAAAACUUCCCGUGUGAGAGCUACCAUAUUGUACCUCUUCCUGACUAACACUGAACAAAAUGUUGACUUACAUACCAUUGUGCAAGAAAAUAAAUGUGCAGUUAUGCAUUUCUAUUGUCCCCACUUAGUGUACAGUUUGAAUUUAAGAAAAUAUAAAUUUUACUUACAGGU